CUAUGAUUUACUUCAAUAGGUUAGGUAGAAAUAAAUAUAAAUAAAUAAAACCUUAGAACAUUAAUAAUUCUAUCUAUAUUCUAAGAAUAAAACCAAAGACUGGUUCUGGUAAAUUUCGCAAAAUGGAAACUAAUGUAAUGAAAACUCCUGAAAUUGUAGCUCUGAUGACAAGAAUACACAACGAGAAUAAAAUUGGUGCCGGACAAUUUAGUUUUAUCGAAGAAAAACUGGAUACAAUAUUAUCAGAAUUAAAUCGAACUUUCGAAGACAUUAAGCAAUUGAUUUCUGGAGACUUCAGAGAAAUAACAGCAGUUACGGACUUAACACUUGAGUGGAAAUUUAUGUGUCUUAAUUUUUAUUGUUUACAUUUAUUGAAUGAAGAAAUGGUGAAAAACUCACUGAUAAGUGUGUCAAAUGCAAAAUUAUUACGUAGUUAUGUUGAGAAUAUGAUGGAUAUUGGCAUUUCUCAAAAUAUUGUUCCAAACUUACCAUUCUACAAAUCUAUUAGGAAAGAUGACAUAGGAGUAAAGGAAAAAUAUUAUAUGCUGAAGGCAAGUGUUUCGGGAAUUCACCACUAUACAUUCUGUUCUUCAUUGGGCUACCACUUACGCAAUAUCACCCUUUCAAAAUUGUUUGUUGGGCUGUUGCAAUUAGGCUACUGUCCAUUAAUGAAGCCUUCACAGAACAAGAAAGGUUCCUUUCAGAUGACUACUGAUUUUUAUGAAGAAGUGAUUAAUGAUCAAAAAUAUUUUAAGGAAGUUAUACUUUUCAUCAAAACUAAGAUUAGUACCCAUAGUUUCCUUCUUAACCUUUCAUUGCUCAUGAAACCUGCUAUUCCAAGAUGGUUUAUUGAUGCUCUACUACCUCAUCUGAAUUAUUGUUUGAAGCAAUCAAAUGGUAUUCAAAUUUUAUUUUCAUUGAUGAACCAUGCUCAAACUAGUCAGUCUUCAUUGAAACCAAUUUCUGUUGUAGGCAGAUUAGUGAGCAUGUCCUCACAAUGUGAUGAUUUUGAGUCACACAUACUACCUCAGAUCGAUAAUUUAAUUUAUAAGGGUGAUUCAGAUAGAGAACUAAUAUUUCUUUUUGGUGAGAUUUUAAAAUACACUUAUAAUAAAAACAGGGAAAAAGGAUUGCUUAUCCUUGAUAAAUUGUUUUGCCCACUAAAAAAAAUUGUUAGAAAUUCUGAUUGUUCAAAUGUGGAUACACAAAGACUUUCUCUUAGUUUGAUAAAUGUAAUUAGAGUAAUAUCUUAUGUAUUUGUGAAUAGCAUCGAUAAAUUGGAAAUCCAACUUAUUAAGAACUAUGUUUGUAUUCUGUUUAAUAUUUAUAUAUUUCUUCAACAACAGAAUCCACUAUCACUCGCAGAAGACCUUAGAAGUAUUGUUAUAGGAUAUUUCACAGUUCUAGACAAAUUUGAAAGCUUCAAACUAUUAGAAAAUUUAGUCUUCAAUAUACAAAGUUCAGUUUAUUAUGCGCCGAAAUAUAACUUGAAAUUAUCAACAGUUUCUAAUAACAUAUUGAUUAGUUUUGAUGAAAAAAAUAAAAAAUAUGAUGUUCUUAUAAGCGCACGAACAAUAUUUUCUUUAUUCGGGUCUGAUUCCAAACUUCAUAACUUAUAUUUUGCUUUUUUGCUGAGCUGUCUGUUAGAACCCAAAAAAUAUUUUCCUGAUGCUUCUUUAUUAAUUGCUGAAGAUGAAGGCCAUUUGUCUACUUUCGAACGUAAACUUGCUGUCUUCGAAUUGUUGAACACUUUAGCAUCAAGAGACACAAUCAAGAAAUCUUUUAAUCAAAAUAUACCUGAGGAACUGCUUCAUUACUUCAAUGAGAUAUUCAAAAAUGCAUUAGAAAGUGGGGCUCACAAUGAUCCAGAACACGAUGAGUAUCAAACAGUUUUCACCACUGCAUUAAUUUUGCAAGAAGUUUUGGAGUUGAAAAGUUGCAAUGAUUUUGAGUUGAUUCAUACAUUAAAAUGUCUUCGUAAUGAAACUAAGGAUGUUGAAUUGAAAACUUUACUCUGCAAAAUUUUGGAAGGAAAUGAAGUAGGAGAAACUAUUACAUCAAAAUGUGACGAAGUGGAAGAAAACAUUCAGCUUGUUUUAUCUGAAAAUAUUGUAACUCAAGGACAUGGCCUAAUUGUAUUGAAGAAAAUGAUUCUAGCUAAGCAUCCCAAGGCUGUUGAAAGAAAGCAAUUUAUUUUCACUAUUUUUAAGGAACGACUAAUACAUAGAGACACUUACAUCUACCUAGCUGCUAUCAAUGGAAUUGCCAGCUUGGCCGAUUUAGGAACGGAGUGCACAAAUAUGGUGUUAAACACAUUAUGUGAAGAAUAUAGAGAAUUUCCUACCGAGGAAUUUGGACCAAAUGCCAUUGAAAUGCGUUUGAAAAUUGGGGAGGUGCUAGUUAAAAUUUCUACUAAGCUAGGUGACAUGGCUCCCCAUUAUAAGGCUUUACUUUUGAAUACAUUCUUAUGUGGCACAAAAGAUGAAGACCAUUUGGUGAGAGCAUCUUCUCUAUCAAAUUUGGGCGAAAUUUGCAAGGUUCUUGGUUAUAAAUUAGGAUCAAUUGUUACUGAGAUUUUACUGUGUGUUCAUGACAUAGUUAGCUCAGAUAAACAUGAAGAGUCAAGACGUGCAGCUGUAUUUGUUAUUCGGCAAUUACUUGUAGGCCUUGGCAAAGAUAUGCUUACUAUAUUGUCAGAUGAUAUCCUAGUAGUUUAUAGGACAUUGAAAUUUCUGUACGAAAAUGAUAAGGAUGACGUUUUGAGAUUACAAUGUCAACUGGCUAUUGAAGAGGUUAAUACAAAUAUGAAGUAUAUUUUAACUCCCCAAGUUGAAUUAAAUAAAAGCAAGAAAGUUGUGGUUCUGUGAUAAAAAAUUAAUUUAAGUUUUGUUUUGAAUGUACAAAUGUAUAUACAUUUUCGAAUUGUUCUUUUUAAGAAUAUAUUUAAUUUCAACUCGAUUUGGAUGUGUUUUUUGUAUAUAUGUUUAAAUACCUCUAUUUAAAAUUGUUGUAAUAAAAAUUUUUCACGAU